CAAUAAACACAGUCUGGCAAUUGAUUAGAGGUAAAAGAAAAAAAUGACAUUGAUUUGUUUACAAAUAAAUUUCUUUUACGGGUGUUUUGAUAAAAUGGAAUUCUUUUAAAAUUUAUCACAAAAAAUGGUAAAUAUAACUGAAUUAACUUGUCGCGUUUGUUUGGAAGAACAAAAUGUUCUCAUAAAUAUCUACGAUGAGUUGGAGGAAUUACAUACAAACCUAAGCAAACUUUUGGAAACAUGUGCUGACCUGCAGAUCAAUGAAGGUGAUAUAUUUCCCAAAUAUUUGUGUGAGAAUUGUACGAGAGAACUUUUAAUAACAUCAAAAUUUCGUGAUAAAUGUAAUAAAUCCAAAGAAAUACUUUAUGAAUUAUUAGAAAACUCGAGAAUUAUAGAAAUUGAGGAAACCUCAACAAACUCAAAUGAUAUAAUAGAAUACUGUGCAGAGGAUUUGAAUGAUUUAGUAGAGGAAGAUUUAAUAAUUGAAGAGGAAUCCAUAGAGAAAGAAACAGCAGAGCUGGAACCAAUACAAGAUAUAGAAAUAAAUGAGCAGCAGGAAAGUACUUUAUCUCUACUGAGGAAAAACAUUGCAGAAACAACGAAUGAAACAGAGAUAAAUCAACUGGAAACUAACAUAGAAGAGACUAUAACAGUAGAAAAUAAAAGCGAAAAUUUACCUUUAGUAGCCGAAGAAACUGGGAACGUUAUUCCAGUUAUUGUUUCAUGGGAUGAUUCAACUGUAGUGGUGGCACAGGAAGAUGAAUCUAUGCUUACAAGUACAACUAAAGCACUAAGUGAAAAACUAAAAAGAUCUCAUAUGUAUAAAUGUGAUAUAUGCGGCGCCAUAUUUAAACAGGCCAUCAAUUUGCAAAAGCAUUUACAAAAAUCACACGAUCCCAUACAUUUUUUUACAUGCAGUAAAUGUGAACAUUGGUUCUCUUUAGAAACUGAGUUUAAUAAACAUGUUGAAAACUGUAAUUAUUUAGAUAUAAAUAAUGAAAUUAUUGCGGAAAAUAAAAAACUGAAAACAGAUAAAAUCUCAGCGCCAGUAUAUGAACAGGAUCCAAAUCGUAAGUGUGUGUAUUGUGAACGUGAUUUUCCUACUCCAUUCGCUUUGCGUAUGCAUUUAAGAACUCACACAGGAGAGCGGCCAUUUCAGUGUAAAUAUUGCACAAAAUCCUUUAAAACACAAUCACAACUAAAUGUUCAUCAUAAAAGGCACACUGGCCAGGCAGAUUUUAUUUGCACAAUUUGCAAUAAAACCUUUUAUGAACAGAGUAACCUCACUGUUCAUAUGCGUUCACAUACGGGUGAACGUCCUCAUGUUUGUACAGUUUGCAAUAAAACUUUUACUCGUGUUUUUCUCUUGCAAUUUCAUAUGAGAACACAUACUGGGGAAAAACCUUAUAAAUGUAGUUACUGUGAUAAAAGUUUUCGCCAACAUACCGAUUUACGUAGUCACUUGACCAUACAUACGGGCCAGAAACAACACAUUUGUGUUUUAUGUGGUAAAUCUUAUAUAAAACGUUCACAUUUAGGGCAGCAUAUGCGCAAACAUCAGCUACACCUAGCCACUGAUGGUGUAGAUAAUGCGGAAGCAGCUUUGUUGGAAAACGAGCCUAGCACAGAGGAGCUAAAUACUGCUACAGAUAAUAUUCAAAAUUAUGUACAAAAUCCCGAAAUUCUUUAUAGUUUUGAUGAGAUUAUAGAAAGUGAAGAUGUUAGCUCACAAAUGGAGGAAUCCAGUACAAAUUAUAAUAAAUUAAAUACCAUGGUGGACUUAUGCCGUCUAUGUGCUUCACUGCGUAAAAUAGACGUUUUAGUCUCCAUUAAAGAUGAAUCUAAUGAAAUCUGUGAAAAAUUACGAAAAUGUUUUCAGCUUAAUAUUAAAAUGCAGGAUGCUCUACCUAAAACUAUAUGCCAGGAAUGUAUGGGAAAUUUAAAUAAAUUACAUAAAUUUUAUAUAAAAGUAACUGAGGCCCAAGAAACCUUGCAAGCAUUAUAUCCAAAUAUCACGACACCGGAAGAAUCAAAUAAAAACUUGGAAUCCGCACAGACAUCCCUAGUAAAAACUUUAUCUGCCAUUAAGGAAAAUCCCAGAAAGAGAAACUCUUCCCAGCAAAAGGAAGAUAAAGUCAAAUUUAUAAAAGAAACAGAUAUACAAGAAAUUGAAAAAACAGAAAUUCCUUUAAAACAAAUCAAACUAGAAAAGUGUAUAACAGUUAAAACAAACUAUUCCAUAAAGGAAUCCAAGUCUAAAAAUUCCCCCGAAAACUUACUACAAGAAGUGUACAAUAUGCUAGAUAUGACCAAAGAAGAAGCCAUGAUGGAGAGUUCCUAUGAAAUACUCGAAACUAUAGAAGAAAAUGCUGAAGACUUAACGGAGGAUAGUAGUGACAAAUAUCUCGAUUAUGAAGAGACUUCUGAACAGCCGGAACCAUUAAUAGAAGAACAUCAUGUUUUGGAAGAUAGUAAUAUUAUUAAAAAUCCUAUAGAGGUUAUAGAAGAUAAACAGUUGGACGCUGAACAGACAGAAGUUAUUAUAUUACCGGAUAAGGAAUUAAAUAUUCAAUUUGAAUAUGUGGAUAAUUAUGAGGAGAAUGAAGAGGAAGAUGAUGAAUUAUUAACCAAUUCGGACAGAGAGCAAUCUGAAAAUAAAGGACAAGAAAUAAUGCAAUUGAAUUCGUGGAAAUCCUAUACUUACUUAUGUUAUCUUUGUGACAACAAUUUCAACAAUUUCUUGGAUUUAUACACACAUCUAGCGGCCCAACAUCAGCAAACAGAAAUCGAUAAAUUAUAUUAUAAAUGUUUUGAUUGUCAAAAAGUAAUACCACGUUAUAAUUACUUUCUCAAUCAUAUACGUUCAAAACAUCAUCCGAGUUUAAAGUUAAAAUGCGAAGUUUGUGACUUAAGUUGCCAGAACUAUGAAGAACUCUCCUACCAUCGUAGUGUUAAUUGCCCAGAUGCGAAUAAAUAUGCUCAUAUAGUAUCCUGUAAUGAAUGUUUUAAAAGUUUUCAUAACCCAUACGGUUUACAAAAUCAUUAUAAAACACAACAUACUAACAUUAAACUUAAGUCAAAAUAUCAAUGUCCGGAAUGUGACAAAGAGUUUCAGUAUAAAAGUUGUUUGAAAGUACACGAACAAGUUCAUAAUCAUAAAAAGAAAUUUGCCUGUAGUUAUUGCGAUCGUACAUUUACCAAUAAAAGUAGCUUGGAGUUUCAUCUUUAUUCCCAUGUAAAUGAAAAGACCUAUAAAUGUAAUAUAUGUAAUAAAAGUUUUAAAACAUACCUUUCCCUUGAUCAACAUCAAGUACUACAUCGAGAAGAGAAACCUUUCAAAUGUGAAUAUUGUGAAAAGGAUUUUCGCACAAAAAUUCAAAAAAUUGCCCAUGAACGUACACACACCGGUGAAAUGCCUUUUCCCUGCGGUCAGUGCACUAAACGUUUUCGUUUUCUCAGCGCUCUUAAUGCUCAUAUUAAGAUACAUACGGGCGUUAAACCUUAUUCAUGUGAGUAUUGUGAUAAAACUUUUGCCGAUAGUUCAAAUCGUAAUAAACACGUUAAACGAAAACAUGCUAAUAGUGAAAAGCAAGUGAAUAAAAAAGACUAAGCAAGUUUUGCUUUAA